GCUCCGGGAGCCCGUCGGGACCCGUCAAUGGCUUCCAGCGCCUCCCGCGGGCCGCGCUGCCGGGAGCGGAGCCGCCGGGGCCGCUCGGGGAAGAGCUCGGUGGGCGGCGGGCGCAGCCGGAGCCGGAGCCGGGAGCUGGCGGGCGAGCCCCGGGCUCUCCGGGAACUGUUGCCGCUUGGAGAUCUGGAUCCUUUGGCCCACUCUGAGGAGGGAGUAGAAGCUGCCAAGUCUCCAAAACAACCUAUCCGAAAUCAAAACCCCAAAGGCAGUCCCAGUGACCCCAAUGGUCCAGUCCCCGCAGAGACUGAGGGUCAUGGGGAGGCCUCGAGGACCUCUGAGAACGGGGCUGUGCUGCCCCAAAAGACACCCAGGAAGCGCGGGCGGAAGUCCAAGACGGAGAUGCUGCUGCUGAAGCUGUCUCAGGACGUGGAGUGCCCGACCCCGGAGCCCAUCUGCGUACAGAAGAUGCUGGGAAGCAGCGAAACUGCAGAAAUCCUAGACAGCCCCCACAGCGGGCGGCCCAAGAGGCGAGCAGCCAAAGUGGCUUUGCUGUACCUGCAGGAGCUGGCAGAGGAGCUGACAUCAGUGUACCAGCCUCCAGCUCCCACCGAGGGUGCCCAGGAGCCACAACCAGAGCUUGAGCAUAUCCAGAAGAAGCGUCGAAGCCGGAAGAGAAAGGAGAAUGAAGCAGAUAGUGAUGACCCUGCCCAAGAUGCUGACUUUGUGCCCUCAAAGGAAAUACUGCUGCAGGCUGAGGAGGAAGAAGGGAGUGAGGAACCACUCAGUGAAGAAUCAGAGCCAGAGCUAGAGGUCCUCCGAGGACACAGUGGGAAGACAUCAUCUGCAGGGAGAUCCAAGCCCCAGUGCCGAGGCCUCGCUCCCAACGGCUUCCACAAUUCCAUCAUGGCCCCAGUGGAGAAAUGCUACAGCCUCACCUGCAGCCUGCGGGAGCAGAAGUACUCACAGUGGGAGUUUCCUGACUGGAUCCCUUUAGUGCACAACUGGACAUGCCUCUCUGAAAGCGAAGCUGCUCCAUACCUGCCAGCAGAGGAGAAGUCUCCCUUCUUCUCCAUCCAGCGGGAGGGCAUCGAAGACAAUGGUGUCUUGUACAGGGUAAACAGGUUCAGCUCCCUGCAGCCCCAUGAGGAGCGCCUGGACGUGUCCUUCUUUGUGGGUGGCCCUGUGUGGGCCAUGGAGUGGUGUCCGUCCCCGGAGGGCUCCAUGGCCUCUCAGUAUGUGGCUGUCUACUGCCACAGGAGCAUGGAGGAGACCCACAGCAUGGCUGGGCUCCACGGAGGCCCUGCACUUCUGCAGCUUUGGGGCCUGGGCAUGCUGCAGCCGGAGCAGGGCUCUGCAGACAACGCUGGCCUGGCUUAUGCCAUUGCUGCUGAUCAUGGCUGCGUCUGGGACAUGAAGUUCUGCCCUAGCGGUGCCUGGGAGCUGCCCACCACUGCCAGGAAGCACCCCCAGAUGAGCCGGCUGGGCCUGCUGGCCGUGGCUUUCUCGGAUGGCAAGGUGGUGCUGUACUCCCUCCCGCACCCCGGGGCCCUGCGGCGCUCCAAGAGAAUCCAGGUAAAAGAUGGGUCCUUCCACAAGCCCAUUAUCUGCAAGGUGCAGGGUAUUGCCACGCUCCAGGUGGGCUCUGUUCAGGCAGGAAAUGCAUCUGAGUGUGGGCAGUGCUUCAGCCUCUCGUGGAUGCCAUCCAAGCCCCACCAUUACCUUGCAGCUGGUUUUUAUGACGGCACUGUGGCUGUCUGGAACCUGCUCACCAAGUCCCUGCUGCAAUGUGUGCACCAGCCCAAUGGCUCCUUCAAGCUCUAUCCUUUCCAGUGCUUUCUAGCCCAUGACCACGCAGUCCGGAGCAUCGAGUGGUGCAAGGCCGACAGCAACUUCCUGGUCACAGCAGGGAGCGACCGUAAGAUCAAGUUCUGGGACCUGCGGCGGCUCUAUGAGCCCAUCAACAGCAUCAAGAGGUUCCUCAGCACAGAGGUGGCUUGGCUGCUGCCCUACAAUGGAGUCACCGUGGCCCAGGACAACUGUUAUGCCUCUUACGGUCUCUGUGGGAUCCACUACAUUGAUGCAGGGUAUUUGGGCUUCAAGGCUUAUUUUGUGGCACCUCGCAAGGGGACUGUGUGGAGCAUCUCUGGCUCAGACUGGCUGAACACUGUGGCUGCGGGAGACAUGACUGGUGAGCUGGUGGCUGCGGUGCUGCCCGACCUGGCCAUCAACCCCCUCAACGUCAAGCGCACUUCAGACCGUAGAUUUCCUGUCUACAAAGCUGACCUGCUGCCCUGCAGCCCUGAUGGGUCAGAGGGCAGUGAGCUGGUGCCCCCACUGACCAGGCGCUACAGCGAGAUGGUGACCAAGAGCUACAUCCUAUUCCGGGACACAGACCUGCGCAGCUUCAAGAACUUCUCCAGCCGGGAGCCCAUGCGCAGGAUGCACACACAGGAGAUGAAGGCAGAGCUGAGUCUCGACCGCCUGCAGCUGGAGUCUGUGCACAAGGUGCGCUUCAGCCCCAACCUGGACUCUCAUGGGUGGCUGGUGUCGGGGGGGCAGGCGGGCAUUGUGCGGGCACACUGCCUGGUGGGGCUGGCCUCCGCUGGGAGCCGCCGGCUCCUGCCGCAGUACCGUGCCCGCUUCAGCUCCCUCUAUGGGGAUGAGCCUGGCAGCCCCACUGGGUGCUCCCCGCUGCCACCAGCAGAGUAGCAUGGUGGGUCCCUCAUGCUGCUGCCAUGUGUUCUCACCCCAGGCAGGAGCUGGGGCUGGGACAGGCUGUGCUCUCCUGGGGGGCUGUGUACCCCCUCUCGGUGCUUCUUGCCCUCUGGGCCCCACCUCAGGGGAGGGACGGCUGCUCCUGGCUGCCACCAGGGAUGCUCAGGACGCUCAUCCUCGUGCUCUGGGCCCAGGAGGAUCCUUUUGCGCUGUUUGGUGCGGUAGGGGGGGUGUUGGGACUGGUGCAUGUCCCUGGCUUGAGCUGUGGUUCUUGGGGCCUGAUGCCAGGGAAGUACCCAUAGACCCCCUUCUCUGUGGGGCUGUGCUUGUGCUGACCACCCCCAUGCAGGGGGCUGGGGGAGCCCAGCCAUGUCGUGGGCAGGGCUGAUGGGGCCGGCAUGGGGGGCCGGCAGCUCUGGAGUUGCUCACAUUGAGCUGUGUUCAGCUGUGCAGUAAAUGUGAUGUUUUGUAAA